AAAAGCGGAACCUUUGGUGAGUGUCAGGGUCCCACCACCAGCACGGAAUGUGUCGGUGACGCACGUCGCAACACGGAAGUGAAACGCCGCUUCUGCCUCUGUUUAUGUUUUCGUCCUCUCACCGAACAGGGAACCUAAUAUCACCGAAAACAUGGCGGUGAGCGCGGUGCACCUGGAGUCAGACGCCUUCCUGGUGUGUAUGAAUCACGCGUUGAGCACGGAGAAAGAGGAGGUGAUGGGGUUGUGUAUCGGAGAGGUGGAAACCACCCGAAUCGUCCACAUCCACUCCGUCAUCAUCCUCCGCCGCUCGGACAAGAGGAAGGACCGGGUGGAGAUCUCCCCGGAGCAGCUGUCGGCGGCCUCCACGGAGGCGGAGAGGCUGGCCGACAUCACCGGCAGACCCAUGCGGGUGGUCGGCUGGUACCACUCCCACCCGCACAUCACCGUGUGGCCCUCCCACGUCGACGUGAGGACCCAGGCCAUGUACCAGAUGCUGGACCAGUGCUUCGUGGGCCUCAUUUUCUCCUGCUUCAUCGAGGACAAGAACACGAAGACGGGCCGCGUGCUGUACACCUGCUUUCAGUCCGUGCAGGUGCAGAAGGGCUCCGAGUACGAGCGGGUGGAGAUCCCCAUCCACGUCGUGCCCCGCGAAGCCAUCGGUAAGGUGUGCCUGGAGUCCGCCGUGGAGCUGCCGCGGAUCCUGUGCCAGGAGGAGCAGGACACCUACCGCAAGAUCCACAGCCUGGCGCACCUGGACCCCGUCACCAAGAUCCACAACGGCUCGGUGUUCACCAAGAACCUGUGCAGCCAGAUGUCGGCGGUGAGCGGGCCGCUGCUGCAGUGGCUGGAGGACCGGCUGGAGCAGAACAAGCAGAGCGUCGUGGAGCUGCAGCGGGAGAAGGAGAGGCUGCAGCAGGAGCUGGCGGCCCUGUGAGCCGGGAGGACACGGACGGUGGAGGGGGGACAGUCUGGAGACCAGCUGUUUUUCCGUUGAAAAGGGUGAAGGGACCUCCUGUUUUGCUUGUUUCAGCGUCUUUAUUUUUCUCUCAGCUUCCAGGAAAAGCUGGAUAUUUACCUUUCGUGUAUCUUAAGUGUUCAUAUGUUCGUAACGUGGAGGAUCAAAAAACAGUUUGUAUUGUCAAAGCCUUCAUUACAUGUGACCAGUCGACAUUUCCUAUUAAAUAAUGUUUUUUUUCUAAAUGUGUUAUUUUUAGGAAAAGUUCUCCUCCAGCUGCAACUACCAUAUAACUGUCAUCAACAAAUAAUUGGCCCAUUAUUUUGUGUAUUAAACGACCAAUCAUUUGGUCUCUUAAAAGUGGGACUGACACUUUAUGCUGCCUGAUGUGGUUGGAGGCUGCUGCAGCCACCCAUGAUGGAUGUGAGGGAGGCUGAUGCUGAAUCUGAAGCGGUUUAUGGAAAAUGGAGUGAAACAAACAAAAGCUCCAGCUGGAUGAAUGAAGAGCCUUCCUCCCCUGUUCUAAUCACUCUGAAUCAGAGCCAACUGAGCUGUGAGUGACAAACAGAAUGUGCCUUUGGACUUAUUAAAAUGUAGAUACUGUAUGUUUGGGUAUUUGAAUGUAAAGAAUGUGUGGGCGCCUGCUGUUUAACACCUGUUGCAACGUUUAAUCCCACCGAUUGUUCUUUGGUUCACUCUGUUCUGCUGUCGUGGGUAAAAGUAAAAGAUAUUUAAUAAAAGGUUAUUAUUAA